CUGCUGGGCAGCCAGCCCUCCCCUUCGCUCAGCUACACCGGCAGCUUCUUCAUCAAGGCAGUACCGGAGCAUCCCCAGGACCAGGAAUCCCUCUUCAACCUGAUGUCAGGGAUCCUGGGCAUCUCCCCCUUCACCUCCUCCGAGGGCCACCAAAGGCAUCUGGAUGCUCUUUAUCCGUGCCCCGAUGUGGCUCAGAGCCAGCUGGACCUUUAUCCCAACUGCCAGCCGGAAAUGAAUGGAUCCACCCAAACCCCAUUCCCGGAGCAGGGCUACAGCAGCUUCCCCACUCCAGAGCCCCUGGACAAGUUUAAAGCCUCCUGCACCCAGUGGGAGCCCAUCACCCAGCAUCAGGCCUACUUGCCCUCUGGCUACCAUUCUCCCGAAGCAUUCCCGGCUGGAGAGAGCAGCCAGGGGCUGUUCGAGUGUUUUUUGCUUGUGGGCUGCCAGUCGGAGCUCGGCAGCCUGGCAGAGGAUGCUCCCUGCUUCGGGACCCAUCUGGGCUUUGCCUGCGAGCCAGAGAACUUCCCGGCCGACACCAAGAUCCACAACCUCCCUCCUCCAUUGAUCCCGGAGUUCGAUGCCUCCUUAACCCAGCCUGAAGUCCUGCCGGGGCUGAUGAGCUCAGCCGAGCUCCUCCAUCCUCAUCCCUCACCCUCUGUCCCCACCACGGACUUUUUGGGCCACGCCACCUCUUCCUCCAUCCCUUCCCUGCUUCCCACCAACCCUCCCGCCUUGGCCGAGCCCAAGAAGAAGACUCGCCGGACCAAGUGCUCUUCCAAAUGCUUCUGCCCAAAACCCCACGAGAAAGCAUUCGCCUGCCCCGUGGAAAACUGCAUCCGGAGCUUCGCCCGCUCGGAUGAGCUCAACAGGCACCUCCGCAUCCACACGGGCCACAAACCCUUCCAGUGCCGCAUCUGCCUGAGGAACUUCAGCCGCAGCGACCACCUCACCACCCAUAUCCGCACCCACACGGGCGAGAAGCCCUUCUCCUGCGACACCUGCGGGCGCCGCUUCGCCAGGAGCGACGAGAAGAAGCGCCACAGCAAGGUCCACCUCAAGCAGAAAGCCCGGACCGAGGAGAAGCUCAAAGGUUUGGGGUUCUUCUCGGUGGGGCUCUCCUUCGGGACGCUGUGA